UUCGUUGGGUUUGCACAAUUUCGAGCCGCGGCGCAUCGUGUGACGUCAUCUAAAUGCUGCUUGUGUGUUGUGUUAUGGAAAUAGUGCGUUACAUACACAUCCGUACGUACUAAAUAAAAUCUUACUCCAAUUUGGUUUUUAAUGUACGUGUUAAGUGUUUACUAAACAAUGGCGGGUCGACAUAGAUGAGUACAUAAUCCACGUUUUUGGUAAAAAUGGUUUAACCCGAAGACACCAGCUGUUCUGUAAAUAAUAAUGUCCCUGAAUUCAGAAAGAGAAGCUUAUGGUAAUAUGAUCGAAGUGGGAAUGGACCACAAAGAAAAGUUUCUCGAGUGUCAAAACUCGUCUGAUUAUUUAUUGCUCUCAAACGACGAAAAAACCAUAGAGGAGUCAAUGAUAGAAGAACACUUCGAAGUGGUGGAGCAAGUUAAAACUGAAUUGGAGGAACCGCCAGUUUACUUUCAAGAAGCUCUAGAAACUUGCGAAGAAGUGACUGUCGAUUACAAUGAUUCCUCUGUGUCAGUUCCACUUUCGCCUCCGAUGUCCCCCAGAUCCCCGCAUGCUCGUUUAAAAACGAAUGAACAGUGGACUGCAGCAAACGACGAAGAUAAAUUGUCUAUGCAUCUGGAUUGUGAAAACAACAAAAGGUAUUACGUGGAAGAACGAGAAGAAGUACACGAUGUUAUGGAUGAGGAUGAGGAAACAAUCGCAACAUUUAUAACAGCUGCUGGACAACAACUUGCUCUUUAUGCUGUCGAAGACUCAGAAGAUGUAUUUGCGGUCGCUGUUUAUGAUGAGUCUGGAGAACCACCCACAAACUUUCAAUUUUUAAUGAAAUCCGAUGUAGAAAGAUUAAUAGGAGAAGGUGCUGUGAGAACAGUGAAAAAGCCUAGUCAAAUCAAAAGGCAGUUACUAACAACGCAGACGCCAGUAUUCACACCCAGACAACAGCGAAUUCAGCACACUUCAAGCAAUGAUGAAUCUAUGACUGAAGUGAAAUUUCGUCAGCAAAAAGCCUUACAACGGGCUUGUAACAAUAAUGCAGUAAUAAAUGAGAACUGUCAAACAGUACUAGAUUCGAAUCGUCUCACAGAAAAUUAUUCUCCCAAGCAGCCAAACAAUGUUACUUAUCUUAUGAUGAAUGACACUCCAAUGAGUGUUGUAGGCAAAUCAGGAGGUAGCCAAGAGUCUCUUGCAAGUGAGAGUGAAAUAGUUGAACAGUCGACAGUGCAAUAUAUUCUUUUAGAAGGUGAUCAGUCGGAUUCUGAAUUGACAUUCGACGAAAUUCAAGCCACACUACAGGGUUUCAAUUUAUCGAAAAAUGGCAACAAAUCAGUUAAAAAGAAAAUAUUCGGUCGCAAAACUGUAGUGAAUCAACGAAGUGAAAUACAACAUGUAGAUAACACGAAUGACAUAAUCAAAUCUGAGACACAACCAAUUUUUAAUUCAAUCGAAAAUUGUUUGAACACAUCAAAUUAUAAUACUCCUUCCAUAGAACCACAAAUUGAAACUAGAGUUAGUGAAAACUUUGGAGCAGUGGACGAGGUUGAUUCAAGUGCACCGCGCAGUGUAAAAUCUGACACACCAAAACUGGGGCCAGAUGUAAAGGAAAAUGCAACUGAUAAAUUAUCAGAAAACAUCUCCACUGCAUUUGUUGACCCCAAAAUAAAUUCAAAUGGUAUCGAUGGCAAUCAACAGUCAAUGAGUACAUUAGAACCAAACGUGCCUAAACAAAAUAUUGAAAUUCAACCUAGAAUAAAGAGGCCAAGAAAACAGCAACUUACCUCAGUCAACCGUGGUGACUCAGAGAUAAUUAUUCAACCGGCUCUAAUUGGGGCAGAAGAAGAAAAUAAUAAUAAAAAGCGAGGCCGACGGAAAAAGAAACCUGCACCAGACCCUGAUUAUAACCCGCGACCUAUUAGAUUAAAGAAAUCUAAAAAAGCAGCGAGGAAUCCCAAAGUGGAAAUAAUCGAAAUUGACAUAGAUGAAGAACACAGCUUGUCACAGGCAAAAAACGACGUUAUUGAGAUUACUAUUGAUGAUGGGAAAGAAAAAGGUUCAAGCGAUAAAGAAAAUGAAAUCAUAAUGGUCAGAGACUCUGAUGAUGAGUCUCACGAUACUCAGGCGAAACCAAUACCUCCCGCUAUGCAGUGUGUACAUUGCUCACGAAAUUUCCGGCAAAAAAGAGCACUUGAUACACAUUCCAGAGUUUGUCCAAAAUUACGAACUAAACUAAACAAGGCAAAUAUAAGGACACUUGAGAAGUCUGACUCAUUAAGUAAGGAUGAAUCAGGCGUUAAGCAAGUCGUUCAUAAAGAGUAUACGUGCAAAGUGUGCCAGGAGAAGUUCAAUGCUGUAGUUGUUUUAGCGAGGCACACACGCAUGGAACACCCAAAGGCAUAUCGAAACAAGAGCAGUAAGGCUAGUGCAGAGGUGAAAUCAGUUGAAAAACCCAUUGACACAAUAAAGGAAACUAUCGAUAAAAGAAGAGUGACCCGAGUGAGUCAGAAAAAGAAAAUCCAAAGCUCAAACCAAACGUGGAGAUCAAAGAAAUUGAAUUGCGAUGAUUGCGGACGAUGGUUUCCGAGCACUGCAAUACUCGCAGCACAUUGUUUGCAACAUGCUACAAAAAAUUCUGAAAAACAAAUCCGCCAGUGCCACAUCUGUAAAAAGCUGAUCAAAACACGUUUGUUGUAUAUUCAGCACAUGAAGACGCACAUUAAAUCCACGAGAAAUACAAAACCCCCAGCAACGGUAUUACAGAAAAAAUUACGACAGCCGAGACAAGUUACAAGUAAAUUGACACCCGUUAAAAAACGAGGCCGUCCUCGGAAAUUUUGAUUCAAAUUUUAGUGGUACCAGCAACUUUACGCAAAGGAAGUGUUUUCAUAUAAGAGAUACGUAACAACACUCCCCAAAUGCUAAAUUGCUAGUUACCUUGAAUAUCAAUUUGAUGCAAUUAAAUUCUACUUAUGUACAAAAUAUAUAGGCAUAGUAAUUUAUGAAUUCGAAUUGUUUGAUAACUAAUAAAAUAGUGGGACCUAGUUGCCCUGCAAUAUGUUGAAA